AAUAUUUUAUUCAAUCUCCCAUUUUCCCGCCGUCUCGCACUGAUUUUUUCCCUCCCAAACCCUAAAUUUGACCCGUAACGGAAGAAAAGUGAGAUUUUCUGAGAGAGAGUGUGAAAAUUGAGGGAAGGAAAAAAAUAGAGGAGAAUGAGUGGCGCAGUGAGGAAGAAGGUGCAGAGGAAGUUCAAGAUGAGAGGCUACUCUCUCAAAGUGGACGCCCUCGAUGAGGUCCUCUCCUUCGUCAGUCGCUUCGAAGGCGCCGAAGAUGAGGCAAUCGACCUCCUCCUCGACCAGCUCCUCCAUGAGUCACCUGAAGGUGCUGUUGAGGAAAGUGAAUCCAUGGUAUCAAGUAGCUCUGCAAUUCGCGUAACUGAUGCGUUUUUGGUCCCAAAAUUCCGUUACGAUCCCAUCAAGAAGCAAUACUACGAGCAUACAGGAAGCCUACCUAUCCAUGGCGCUGCAUCUGCAAAAGCAGCUUUAUACAGGGAUAGGUUUCUGUUGCUGUUCCAGAGAGUGUCUCGCGAUCCACAUUUUGCUAAACCUGCUUUUGAUACUGAAAUGUCACAUUAUGGAAGUUGUGAGAUAGCUUCGAUUCAAUCUCUAAUUGGGCAAACAGGGAGAAGAUGGGUCAUGGGAGUUAUAUCCCAGUUAGAAGAUGGGCACUUCUACUUGGAAGAUCUUACUGCUGCCAUGGAAAUUAACUUGUCCAAAGCAAAGAUAACUACCGGAUUCUUUUCAGAAAACACAAUAGUUGUGGCUGAAGGUGAGAUGCUUUUGGAGGGUAUUUUUCAGGUAACUACGUGUGGAUUUCCUCCGUUAGAGGAGAGAGAAAAGUCUAUGAAGUUACUUCAAGGGCAUGACCUUUUCGGUAGUGGUAUAUUGACAAAAGAGGAUACUCUUAGACUUGCAGAAUUGGAAAAGAGAGCCGUUAAUGAUAUGUUUGUUAUACUCUCUGACAUUUGGCUGGACAAUGAUGAGGUCAUGGCAAAGCUGGAAACUAUACUUGAUGGUUUUGAGAAUGUAGAAGUAACUCCAUCCUUAUUUGUUUUCAUGGGGAACUUUUGCUCCCACCCGUGUAACCUUUCCUUCCAUGAUUUCUCAAGUCUAAGACUGCAGUUUGGCAAGUUAGGGAAAGUUAUCGGAGCCCAUCCUAGGCUAAAAGAGCAUAGUCGGUUUCUGUUUAUACCAGGUCCUGAUGAUGCAGGUCCCUCCACAGUCCUACCCAGGUGUGCUUUACCAAAAUAUUUAACUGAAGAGCUUCAGAAGCAUAUCCCAAAUGCAAUAUUUUCAAGUAAUCCUUGCAGAAUCAAAUUCUACACCCAAGAAAUCGUAUUUUUCCGCCAAGAUCUGCUGUAUAGGAUGCGUCGAUCAUGCCUGAUACCUCCAUCUACCGAAGAAACCAAUGAUCCUUUUGAGCAUCUUGUUGCUACAAUAACCCAUCAAAGUCAUCUCUGCCCGCUCCCUCUCACUGUACAGCCAAUAAUUUGGAACUAUGAUCAUUGUCUCCAUCUCUAUCCUACUCCACACACGAUAGUUUUAGGAGACAAAAGUGAGCAGAAGGCUUUCAAAUACACAGGAAUCACUUGUUUUAACCCUGGAUCCUUCUCAAAUGACAGCACUUUUGUAGCUUAUCGUCCUUGCACACAGGAAGUUGAGUUUUCAGCCCUGUGAGUACUAAACAAAAUUACAACCUUUGAUAUUCUUGCUGAUAAAAGAGUUCCAGAGUACACAUAAAGUCACUUGCUUGAAUUAAACUAUCUUUGAUGUUCGCCCAGUUUCCUAACCUCUAAUACUAGUAUACCUGAUGAAUCAGUAUUUUCUGUUGUAAAAGGCUGUGGGAAGUAUUAUUUUAUUUGGUGGAUCAUAUCUAAAUAAGCUAACUAUAUAGUGGAUGUGAGUAGAAAGUAGAAACUCUUUUCAUUUGUCAAAGAAUACCGUGUAUCAUUUUAUUUUGUAUUUAAUAUCUGCUAUUUUCGGUACUCAUAUAAUUUGAUAGUUAUUGAGUAUAUCCUUAGGAUUUAGUGCAAUGAAUUCAAAAAUAUGCUCA